AUGACCACACACCGCGGUGCCGUUAUGGAUACUUCAACGGAUCCUCUUCUUGCUUUGCGUCAGGCAAUAAAGGCUCGUGCGAAAAUUACAUAUGCUGCUGGAUCAGAAGACACUAGUUCUCUUGCUUCAGCUACCCACAUUGUCCUUCCCCCAGCUCUCUCCAUAUCCAAGUCUGCUUCAACACGCCUGCGCAGGCCUGGCGCUUCAUCCACAAAUCCUGCAACAAAUCCCCAGGAGUUCUUUUCCUUUGAGGCAGUAUACCUGGCAUGGCUCUUGCGAGAGUCUUCUGGCGCCGAAUACAUGAAACAGGCCAGAGAGAAUGGCCUUGCAGUUGGCUUCGUGAGUGUAACGGAGCGGAAGAAUGUUGUAGACUGGUUGGAGGGGAAGAUUACUGAUCUCGAUGAUAUUGUGUCCAUGAAUAACGAAUCAACGACUCCACCAGGUACACCCCCUCAACUCAAGUCCGGGUCUGCUCUCCCCACCACCCCACUUAUUUCGAAGGCUGGCGAUACGUCGAGUCCUCUCAAGCGCCGUUACCUUGCGGAUCCGGCUGACAUAGAGGUUGUCAAGAAGAUCAAGCAAAAUGAGAUUGAACUACAAGACAGGACCACGGUGCUACGGGGCGUCAAACCGAAUAACUUUUUGACUGUGCGGAGUACAUAUACAGAAAAGCUCAAGAAACUUAAAGAAGCAGGCAAAGGCGGGGCCUCUACCGCAUUAGCAUCCACUCCAGAUCCAAAAUUACAAGCACGCAAACCUAAGAACCUCUAUCCCAUCAUCAUGAUAUCCUCGUCGCCCACCGCAUUAGUCACGAUGCAUAAUGUCAAACGCUUCCUUCAGGAGGCUGUUUUCGAGCCCUCGCAGGAUGCGCGUGCGCGUGCGUUGGCUGAUGGAAACGCAAAGCCAGAAGAUCUCAUCCCCAUUUAUCGUAAGCGAACAACGAUAGACACGUCCGGCCGUGAGACAGAGAUCAAUGCACGCUAUUACGUGGUGGAUAGUACAGAGGCGCUCGCGAAAUUCGGAGCAGAUCCUUGGGACCGUGUUGUCUGCGUCAUGACUACCGGUCAGGCGUGGCAAUUCAGGUCAUACAAAUGGAGCGAACCAAAAACUUUAUUCCAUCAUGUAAAGGGAAUUUAUGUUUCUUGGACGAAUGAUCCACCGAAUACCAAGAUCAAGGAUUGGAAUGUUACCGAGCUGAAGAUUGAUCAACAUCGGCGGCAUGUUGACAAGUCAGUGGUUGCACAUUUUUGGAAGACCCUGGACACUUGGACAACCACGAACAAGCCUUGGUUGUUGCAAGGAUAA